CAGUCACAGUCCUCACUCCGGGGCAAUGGUCCGGAUGGGAUUUGAACCCCGGUCCUCUGCCGUAUGAAGAUCGCCGCCAUUGUUGUCUCUACCACAGGACCCCGCCCAAUUUGCACAGGUGUCAAAGGCUGUCGGAGAACGCAAUCACGAUGCCAGCUUCUAGGGAUUCCUUAUCGACAGCCGAAGCACGUCAGGCACGAAGAUCGCCAAAAAACGCUCCGCCUGUAAUCGCCAUCACCAACCCAACCCUGAGGUCAAUUUAGCCCCCGCCAUCGUCGCGCGUAUCGCACCGAGCUCGAUCGUCAUGCCGCAAAGCCACCAAAGUUCAGGAUCACCGGCAAUGUACGAUCGAGCUGCAAUCGGCAACACCGGAGGUUCAGUUUACUAGCACAGCCCGCUAGAGAUGGACAUCCUGACCGUGGUUUUACUGUUCGCCGUGUUGCUGCUCGUCGCCUUCGAGCUGCGCGUCCAGCUGUCGGCCGCGUACCGUGCUGGGAAAAAGUUUCCCGGCCCGAAAGCAUUGCCCAUCCUUGGCAACGCGCACAAUCUGCUGUUCAACGAUCAGCAACGCACCUUCCAGCUGCCACGUCGGUGGGCCGCCACGUAUGGCGACACGUACCGCAUACUGGUGCGCGGACUGCUCAACCUGAACGCGAUCCGGGCGAAGGACGUCGAACCGCUGCUGUCCAGCCCGAAGCUCAUCGACAAGGGUUUGAUAUACAGCCUGACGCACAGCUUUCUCGGCAUCGGGCUGCUGAACAGUACCGGCACGAAAUGGCAACAUCGGCGCCGUAUUCUAACGCCCGCCUUUCACUUCAACAUCCUGCCCAGCUUCUUGCUCACCUUUCAGGAGGAGUGCCGCCGGUUGGUGGACCAGCUGGGCCAAUACGCAGACAAGGGUACGCCGGUGGCCCUGCAGCCGGUCGCCACGAAGUUUACGCUCAAUACAAUUUGCGAAACGGCCAUGGGCAUCAAGCUCGACUCGAUGACGCUGGCGAACGAGUAUCGGGGUAAGAUAGAGGCGAUCGGUACCAUGCUGCUGCAGCGGCUGAUGAAUCCCUGGCUGUUCGAGGACUUCAACUACAAGCUGACCGGACUGCAGGCCAAGCUUGGCAAGCUACUACAGCCGGUGCACGCGUUCACCCGCUCCAUCAUACAGCAGCGGCGGGAACUGUUUCACCAGAACGUGCGAAAUAUUGGCGAUUUUUCGGAGGAAAAUAUCUACACAAACCUGAAGCAGCGGUACGCGAUGCUGGACACGUUGCUGGCGGCCGAGGCGAAGGAGCAGAUCGACGAGGAAGGCAUCCGGGAGGAGGUGGACACGUUCAUGUUCGAAGGGCACGACACCACGUCCGCGGCCAUCAUCUUCACCCUGCUGCUGCUCGCCCACAGUCCCGAGGUGCAGCAGCGGCUGUACGAUGAGCUGCAGCUGGUGGCGCAGUCACGCUCGGAUGCGGACGGGGCAGAGUUCACGCAGCGCGACUACAGCGAACUGCGGUACAUGGAUAUGGUGCUGAAGGAGUCACUGCGCCUGUAUCCACCGGUUCCCUUCAUUUCGCGCAACAUCUCCGAGGAUACGCUGUUUGGCGAUCGGCCCGUGCCGAAGGAUACACUGUUCAACGUGCACAUCUUCGAUCUGCACCGCGAUCCCACCGUAUUUCCCGACCCGGAACGUUUCGACCCGGACCGCUUUCUGCCGGAAAACGUGGCGGAACGGAGCCUGUAUAAAUUACACCGGUCGUGAAGGGAGGAAACUUGUGAUAUUUGGGAAUUUCUAAAACUGGAGCGGAUAAUUGAAUAUGUGUUAUGCGUUUGGAAGUUGCUUUUGUAAUGUUUAUUCAACCGUCAGAUUUGUACAUAAUUCAAUUACUCUAGUUCACUUUUCUUACAUUGGCGUCUGGUUUAUACUCUCUGCUCGUAGUGUUGUCAAGUGUUGUUUAUUUUUCAUGCAAUAACAAUUCAAAAUAUUUUCAUGCAAAUUAAUUAAUUAUACUAAUUAUCCAAAUUCAACAUUCCGGCCACCAAAAGAGAAUUCUUUUAAAUGCAUGAAACUAUGUGAUCGACGUGUAAACUUGACUUGACGUCCCAAAUGUCAACAACGGUUGUUUACUAUUUCCCACGUGUAUCCUUCUUCCGUUCUAACUUCUCUGUUCGAUUGGAUUGGGUAGUAACGCGAUUCUGCUGACGGCUCGAACAAUUUCUUUUCCUGUGCCCACUCGUAAAGUUACUACUCUCACUACACCGUCUUUUCCUGGGUGCAAAGCUGUUAUUCGCCCUUUUGGCCAAACUGCAGGUGGGGUAUUGUCUUCUUUCACGAUCACUAAUUGGUUCACUUCUAGCUUCACCGGUGUAUUGUUCGCGUGCUUUGCCCUGGCCUGUAGCUGCUGUAGAUAUUCUGGGUACCACCGUGCCCAAAUCUCUUGCAUCUGCCUUUGCACUAAUUGGUACUCCUUCAAACGGUUCGGAGAAAUCUUGCUAAGAUCUACUUGUGGUACCGCCUGCAUGCUACUCCCUAUCAAGAAAUGGCCCGGGGUUA